AUGGAUAUCUCUUCCCUACUAGAGGGAGCUAGGGAUCCUCCCACAUCUUCGCCUUACCCUUCCAACAACUCUCUGCCCAGGCUGGAUAUGGACUCGGGAUACACUCGCAACUCACAACCUAGCUUGAUGCCUCUUCAGCCGAGCGUUCAACAACAACUCCCAAGUCGCUUCCAGCCGCCUACAUUCUCGUCACAAGGCUUCAAUCCACAGCUGCCGCCAUACCAUCAGCAACAAAGCUUCGGUCAGCUACCUCCUAUCACAACUCAGGACCAAAGGUUACCUCCGCCACCUGUCAAUGGUUACACAGCCAACGGUCCUGUCAACAAGCGAUUGGCUCCUUCCGGACCUCAUCCAUCAGAAUCACCCGCCAAGAAGAAGCAAUCGAAGUGGAGCCCCGAGGAGGAUGCCGCUAUCAUCGAGCUUCGUGGCAACGGCAUGAAAUGGGAAGACAUUUCCAAGCACCUACCUGGUCGUAGUGCCAUCAGUUGCAGACUUCGAUUCCAGAACUACCUUGAACGUCGCUCAGAGUGGGACGAUGAGAAGAAGAACAAGCUUGCUCGUCUUUACGAGAGGUUCAAGAAAGAUAUGUGGGAGAAGAUUGCCAAGGAGAUGGCCUUACCAUGGCGAGCUGCCGAAGCGAUGCACUGGCAAAUUGGCGAAGUCGAGAUGGCCAGUCGUGCCAAUGUUCCCGUCUUCCACCUCGCUGGUUCAGCUUCACAAUCACAGUCUCAAUCACAGACGAGUGCCUCUAGAGCACAGCACUAUUACUCCGCAUCGAGCUCUACUUCAGUGUCCGCGGGGCAUUGCGAGCCGCGUAGCACCAACAGCUCACCCACGUCUGUCCACAGUCACUACCAACUUCCUUAUACUUUCGCCCAACAGACUCACAGCCACGCUCUCCCUCAUAUGGUCCCAUCACAUCCGCUUUCACCCGGAAGUGUAAGGUCUCGCAGGAACAGUGUGACCUCCCUCAAUGGUGCAGACAUCCGGACCCGUGCAGACAGUGCACGCGAUUCUGUAAUUCCUCAACCACGAUCUACCCUUGAACCAAACCUACCGCAUAUGCAGAAACGCUAUGUCAGCCCUUUCGCCGACAAGGUGUCAGACAGCGAGACGAAUUGA